UGGAAAGAAAAACGAGCAGCUGCGUCACAACACCUACCAGUCAGAGUUGAGGGUGAACAAACCCUGCAUGCAGCAGCCUCAGUCUCGGGACAAAACUGUUACCAUAAACACAGCACCGCCGCCUACAAUCAUCGUUAGACGGUUUAUUUCACCGGAAGGAUGCGCAACGACAACGAAGAUGUCGCAAUGAAGGAGUCCAGGAGACGAGAACGUCAAGCAGCUUUGGAGAAUCCAGAGACGGACAUUGGCUUGUGUGGCUGGGUGCUGGUUGGCGCCUCUCUUCUUCUGAUGCUGUUGACUCUGCCCCUCUCCAUAUGGAUGUGCAUUAAGAUUGUGAAGGAGUAUGAGCGAGCCAUUAUUUUCCGCCUGGGGCGCAUUUUGCGAGGAGGAGCCAAAGGACCAGGGUUGUUCUUCAUCUUGCCGUGCACUGACAGCUUUAUUAAUGUGGACAUGCGCACCAUUAGCUUCGACAUCCCACCGCAAGAGGUUUUGACCAAAGACUCUGUGACGGUGAGCGUUGACGGUGUGGUGUACUACCGGGUCCAGAAUGCUACUCUGGCUGUGGCUAACAUCACUAAUGCUGACGCUGCUACCCGACUGUUGGCCCAGACCACCCUGAGGAACGUCCUGGGCACCAAGAACCUGGCGGAGAUCCUGUCUGACCGUGAAGAAAUCGCACACAGUAUGCAGAGCACUCUGGAUGAUGCUACAGAUGACUGGGGAAUCAAGGUGGAACGGGUGGAGAUCAAAGAUGUGAAGCUGCCCCUUCAGCUCCAGAGAGCCAUGGCAGCUGAGGCCGAGGCCAGCCGUGAGGCCAGAGCCAAGGUGAUCGCAGCAGAAGGUGAGAUGAACGCAUCCCGAGCACUGAAGGAGGCCUCUCUGGUGAUCGCAGAGUCUCCAUCGGCUCUGCAGCUGCGUUACCUCCAGACCCUCAACACCAUCGCUGCAGAGAAGAACUCCACCAUCAUCUUCCCGCUGCCGCUGGAGAUGAUGCAGAGCUUCAUAAAACACUGAGUCCCAAAACACUUUGCACACAUAACACACACCACAUCACUCACAUACAGCACAUUUAACACAUUUUAGCGAGCUGUGCUAAACAUGACAUUCAAAGAGUUAGUAGAGAUCAACUGCAGCUGCUUUUGUUUUUAUUUUGUGGUCAUUGUUACAUGUGAACACUGCUUGCCAAUAUUGGCCAGCAGGUAACGCACAUACACAUAUGUUAUGAAACACAAAGUAGGCCAUCAUUUUCUUGCCGAUAUGCCUUGGGUUACCUCUUUCAAAAUUGCUGCUUUACUCCAAACAUUCUUUAAAUUGAGCCAAGUCUGCAGGCUUCUAAUUGUUGCGAUAUGGCAUCAGUUACAUUUGCUUUGCUUUCCUGGGAUGAGUUUCUGGUCUGAACUGAGCGCUCCUCAUCGAUUCAUUGUGUUCAGUCAGCUGAAAGAUUUUCAAAACCAGAAAAAUCUACAGUUGCCGUUUUGGUGCAUCUGCCAGUAAGUGACCACUGGCUUUAUUCACUGUCAAUGCCAAGUUCCAAUACAACACUAUUUUUCUAGAAAGUACACUCUUAAAUAACAUUAAAGUUACAUUAAAAGCAAUCUAAAAUAUAUGCUUGACAACUUAAUAGCUCUGCAGUGUAUUAAGAAAAACAUUUUUUACUUCAGAGCUGUCGCUUACUGUUAUAGUUGUAUAGUUUUAGUAGAGGACUGUCUGAAAUGUAGUGUGGAGAGGGUCUGGUGUAUCGUGGCUCUAAAAGUGUCAAAAGACAGGAAAAAAACAACUGUUUCACCACCAGGUUUAGUAUUUACUACUUUAGCAACCAGUGGUCACUCUGACCUGGCAAACAGAGAGCAUUGUGGGAGUUUAGCUAGGAAUGGACACCAUGACAGAGACCUGUGUGGUGCUUCAUGACCUCCAGCCAGAGCUAGUGCACUUUUUGGGUGAACUUGGAGCUUUAAUUACUGCCAAUACUAAUCACCUAGCAUGAUGUUAUAUCGACUUAAUACAUCCCUGCCUAAUUAUUUUAGUAUUGUGAACCAGGCUUAGUCAUAGUGCAGCACAGGCCUGUACUACGAAGCAGGAUUUAAGGGUUGGAGAGGCAACUUUUUUACCAGGGAACUUCUGCUGAACAUCUAACCUUUAUUGAGCUGGUUACGUUCAAGAUAACCAGUCGACACAUGCUAAAAUGCCUUCUGACCAGUCAGCUCUCUUGAAAUGAGCUACAGUUACUAGAGGUACUCAGUUUGCAGAUUUCAAAGUCAUUCUAUUGUUGUGUAUACCUUUUUGUUUUGUGGAGCGAUUUCAACCCAAAACAAACUGAUUUAAACACUACAGCCUCAUUUACUGUAUAGAUUUACACUAAGCCUACAUAUCAACUGGCAUUUGUUCUACACUUGCUUGUUUAACUUCAUCAUGCAGCUGAAAGAUUUUAAGUGCUCCUUAAGUAUGAUACCCACCAAUCAUUGACUGAGUCUGCAUAUAACCUUGCCAGCAAGUUGAUUUCUCGCGAUAUUUGUGAGUUCACAAAUCUCUCAAGAAACCAUCUUGCUCCGCUCCCGCCUUCACUUUUCGUACAGCACCAAGUUGGUUCGGGCCAAUCACGCAGCAGUAUUCAUGUGUGGGGCGGGAUAUCCGGGUGUGAAGACGACACCAAGCGCCAGUAGAUCAAAACAAACACGGCAACGGAGGACAACGAUCGUGUAGAUGCUGCUAUUAAGUCAGUUUUAGCUGAAUCUCCUAUCGCUUCUUUGAAGGAAGAACAACGAGAGGCGCUUUGCGCAUUUCUGGAUGGUAAAGAUGUUUGUGCUUUUUUACCUACGGGUUUCAGUAAGAGUUUAAUCUACCAAUUGGCUCCGCUCGUUGUGAAGAUCCCGCGAUUGGCUAAAAACAAACCUGUCAGAGGCAGGACAUACUGUUGCAUUGUCCAAUCCGUGCCUCUUUCCUCUGAACGGAUUUACAUGGAGCGGUUCCAGAUUGAUAUUGUGGAGUACUAUCAAGUACUACACAAUUAUUAAUCUGACUAUUGCCAGGUUAGCCUGCAUACUCACUGCACAGGUCCUUACGUUCAGCAGCAGUCGCUGUGGGGCUGUCUUGGUCCCCACGCUUAUUUUCUGGGGGUCUACACCUUGUACACCAGUGGGCUUGUACCACUGUCUACUGGGAAGAUUGCUGCACCAGUACAUCUUGGAUCCAAUCCAACUCCCCAGAGUAAGGAAGCUUUGCAUCUCCAACAUGGACCCGUCUCCUAGCCCCGUCGGUGCCUGUUUUGGUAAGCCAUACUUGGCCGGUAUGAUUUCAGUAUUGAAUUGCCGUAGUGUUUGAGAUCUAGUUCCGAGCACCAGUUGAUCAGGCUGGUGUCUGGGUGGGAGUCCGGUGGCAGAGGUGGUUAAAAAGUUUAAAGAAGCGGCCAAUGUCAGGGACAAACUCAGUUCUGGAUGACCAAAUGUAUCAGCCGAAGCUAAAGAACUGGUCAUGGCUAAAAUUCAUCUUAGCCUCAAAAAAAAUCACUUCCCUACCCCUAAGCUUUCGUUCACAUCCACCGAGAAGUAGUUCAACUCUUUCUUCUUUCUACAAAGCCAUAUUUAAUCUGUGGAGGCCAAAAAAUUCUAGUUAAUGAGAUUUCCUAUUUUUUCUAUACCUGGUCAUGUUUGUAAUUGGUAAUCUGGUGCUAACUUCAUGUCUUUAGCGUGGCAAAGACUGCUUAUCCUGACUGCAGUUGUUGGGUUAGGUGAAGCCAGAUAACAAAACAACAGCAUAGAUAUACUGAACUUGCUUCGUAGUACAGGCUUUUAUCUUGCAGUUGUAUUUUUUGUCCGUAGAAAUCAGCCAAGGCUCUGUGACUGUCAAAGUGCCACACAACCUCGAACCGUCUCAUCAUCUGUUAUACAAACAUUUUGAAGUGCCUGCUGGAUAUGUGGCCUCCAAACACACACACACUAACACACACAUCUUUAUCCUUGUGUAUCUAGUAUCUCCUGAUACUGUAGCACUACUGCAACCACUGCCAGCAUCUUAAUGCUGUGUUCAUUUAGUAUCUAAAGUGUUUUAAUCAAAUCAAUAUUCUGACUGUGAUAGCUUUGUCGCCAAACCUUAAAACGACUGGUUUGAAAUGUGCCAAUUUCACUAUAUUUUACUGUAAAAGUCAUUGAAAUCUCUGUACUAACUUCAGCAUCGUAGUCUUGAAGGUUUAAAGAGGUGCAGUGCAUGUGGCACUGUAUUAAUUUGCUUCAUUAUUUGGCUUUCAUGUGGAGACUGAAAGAACAACUGACAUGCUGGUGUAAAAUUGCUCAAUUUGGCCUUUUACCGCGUUGGAUGUUGUACAUACAGUAAGUGUAGUUGCAUAAAUGUAUAAUAUGAUGAUUAUAUUUGUUUUAUUGUGUACUAACCAGCAGUAUGAGACUGUCAGUGAUAUAAAAAUACUAACACAGAAACACAUUUAGACGUAGAUGUACUACUGCUAUUAAUCACAUUACAAGCUGAAAUGUCAUUUGCUUUCUGUUAACACACAAGAGGGUGGACAAAAUAAUGGAAACGGAGAAAAAGUCGACAUUUUCAGCAACCUCAGCGUAGUCGCCUGCUCCUUUUAUUUUGUCCACCCCCUCUCUGACUUCGUUCCUGCUAAGAAGAAGCAGAAACUGCAACUCUUUCACCCAAAAAGCCUUAACGUACUGCCAUCUAUUCAUUUUAGCGUCAUUCUAUGCACUUCUAAAUGAACUACUUUAUUUUACUAUCUACACACGCUCUUUUUGGGUGUAACACAAGCCAAAUCUUUGUAUUCGUUUGUCUGGAAACUGACAUGUGCUCUAGUUGUGUAGUUGAGUUUAUUGCAGCAUUUAUCCUUCGUCUGACCCCGUAGUGUUUUUAUAUGUAUAUAGCGGUGUGGACUUUAUUAUCGCUUUUGCUGUGGCGGUUCAGAUCCGUUACUUUCACCUGAACCAGGAUGUAAUGCACCUUUUUUGUUAUGAAAUAUUUAGGCUGUUACAUUAUACUACAGUAACUCCUGUAUUUUUAGCCGUAGCUGCAACAAAAGAAGAGUUAUUUUGCUGCAGAGUCAAUUCAAAUGACUCGCCAGGUGCUUGUGGUUGUUUUUUGUUCCAGACCCAGGCAGAGUCUGGGUUUGGGAAGAUUUUUCAUUUGGGAUUAAACAUUUAUGGGCUUGUUUUUGCAGCUAGCACUGUUGUUUUGUACAUUUUACGAGUGAUUUGAUAUGAUGUUAUCCUGAUAUAUAUGAAAACUUCAAAUAAAUAUGCUAUCUUAAAAGCA